AUGGUCCGAAUCUCUACAAACUUCCUCACCGUCACUGCUGCACUAGCAGUGUUAACACUCCCGGACAGCGUGGACGCCCACGGCGGACAGUCCGUACAUGCUCGCACGCCCGAGCGUCUGGCACAGCGUCGUCUCUUCAUGUCCGAAAGCAAACGAUCGCUCAAGGACUGUGCCAACUCCGAGGCUUCGCGCAGACUGCAAGAACGCGCCGUCGCCCGUCGUGCGGCCAAGGCCGACAGCCUCCGCGCCGAACGCCGCCAGCGCCGUCGCCUCGAUCUCGACACCGUGCUGGCCACCAACCACAAGUCCAACCUCACCGGCCUCACCAAUGAGACGAGCCCCAGCGAGCUCUUCGGAGACGACGUCAAGUGUAUCCUCGAGCCUGAGGUCACGCAGGGUCCGUACUACGUGAACGGCGAGUUGAUCCGCUCCGACAUCCGUGAGGACCAGGAGGGCGUCGACCUGUACGCGGAAGUCCAGAUCAUCGACGUCAACACGUGCGAACCCGUGCAGGGUCUGUACCUCGACUUCUGGCACUGCAACACCACGGGUGUGUACUCAGGCAUCGUGGCCAGCGGUAACGGCGACAGUUCCGAUACCACCAACGUUGACAAAACGUUCCUACGUGGACUCACUCCCACUGACGAGGACGGUGUGGCGUCCUACACGUCCAUCUUCCCGGGUCACUACACGUCCCGCGCCACGCACAUCCACAUCCUCGGCACGUACAACGGCACUCUGCUCGAGAACAACACGUACUCGGGUGGCUACGCGUCGCACGUGGGCCAGCUCUUCUUCGACCAGGACCUCAUCAGUGAGGUGGAACUCACGGCACCCUACAGCACCAACACCCAGGAGCUCACGACCAACGCCGAAGAUCAGAUCCUGUCCGAAGAAGCUGCCGAAGACUUCGAUCCGUUCUUCGAGUACGUACUGCUGGGUGACUCGGUGUCGGACGGCGUGUUGGCCUGGAUCUCCGUCGGUGUCGACAUGACCCGCGCACAGACCAUCACGGCGGCGGGUACGCUGACGGCGGACGGCGGUGUCAUGUCUGAGUCCACGAACGCCAUGGGCGGAGGUGGCGGCAUGGGCCCCGGCUCCGGUAUGGGUGGUACGGCCCCUGGCUCCGGCAUGGGAGGCUUUGGCGGAUCGGUCGGUGGUCCGGAGGGAAGCUUUAACGCCGCAUCAUCGGAGACUGAUGUUACUCAGAGUACCACGACCGGCGUCACGCAGAGCACGACUUCAGGCAGCGUUGCAGCAGAGGCGUCCGAUCCGGCGUGCAGUGUGCGUAGAAACCUCUAA